UGCAGUUGUGAAGAUUUGCUGAAGAUAUGAAUGAAUUUUCGGCAAACCUUGGCAAAGCGAUACAAGCAGAUCAGCAACAAGGGCAAGAUGGCAAGCAAAGCAGAACGGCAGUUCAUUGCCAAUGGCAUCGCAGCCAACAUCCGCUGUGAUGGCCGUGAUCUCCUGGAUCGAAGGCCACUCGAGUUGGAGACUGGAAACAUCACAAAUGCAAACGGAUCGUCACGAGUACAGCUGAUGGGCACGGAUGUGCUGGUUGGCGUGAAAGUGGAAGUGGCAACUCCAACAGACGACCGCCCCGACGAGGGCAUGCUCGAGUUCUCCAUCAGUUCUUCAAGUGCAAACGCGACAGUCGCCGCAUUGGAUGCAAGAACAGCAGAUAAGAUGACGCGCUCCCUGGAGUUUCUGGCUGAGCAGCUGCAGAAGACAUCACACGCCCUCGACUUGAAGAAGUUGUGUAUCCUGCCGGGCAAGGCCGUGUGGUGCGUGCGCGUGGACGUGCUGGUGCUGCAGAGCCUGGGCGGAAACGUGGUGGAGUGUGUGUUCCUCGCCAUCAAGGCUGCGCUGCACGACACGACCAUCCCCAACUGCACCCUCAUCAAGGACAGCAACGGUGAAGCCGUGGACUUUGACAUCUCCAGCAACGCUUACGACGUGUCUCCGAUUGAGGGUGUUGCUGAGUUUCCUGUCAUCCUCUGCUUCGGCAUCAUCGGCGCCCGCGUUUUUGCUGAUCCGCUCUUUGAGGAGGAGGAGUGCGCAGACGCGUUUGUGCUGGUAGGCGUGAGUGCGAGCGGGGCGGUGUGUCUGACGCAGCAGGUGUGUGCUGGGCGUGGCGUUGAUCCCACGACCAUCAUCGAGGCAGUGGACACUGCGCGACAGGCUGUCAAGGGCGUGUUGGAGGACACGGGCUGUACACACACCAGCAUCUGCAAUGCCGAUGGGCAGUAGUCGCGGUGAUGUGGGAUUGAAUGGUGGUUAUCGGUGUGCUCGUUGAGAGAGUCAGAGGAUUGGCAACAUGCAUGUUUGCAUGUGUGUCUGUGUCGUAUGUGUGUCUGUGUCUGUCUGUCUGUCUGUCUGUGUAUAUCUUUGUGUGUGUCUGUGUCUGUGUGUGUGUGUGUGUGUGCAUCUGUGUGGUUGCUGAGUGAAGCGAAGUUGUUUGACAAUGAAUAAACGAGAGUCAUUCGUG